UGAUACAGAGGCAAUGGCGAAAGUCGCGAGAGGGUCCGAUUCGGUGCCCAUGAUUUUGUUGUGCGAACAUUGCACUAAUCAGACGUUCAAACAAAUUCAAGACUUCGUUCGGCACUUGAGAGAUCAACAUUGUUCCAGAGAAGGUGGAUCUUUUGUUUGUCUCUAUGGCUAUAAUGGGGUAUGCACUAGUCUUCCUGUGGAAGGUGUUUCCGACAAAGAUUACAUAGCGCAUGCCAUGAAGCAUGCAAUUAUGCAACAACAGCGAAAAAGCAAUGGGGAUUUAUCUGAGGCAAGCUCAUCGUGGACUGUGUAUUCUGCUGCGCAAAAUCUACCUGCUGUUCUAAACGAUCCGUUUAAAGGAAAACAGAGUAACUUUUUAACUCGCACUUGGGGAGAUGGAUUUGUGGAAAAAGUUGAUAUUCCAAAAAGUCCAUAUCUUCCUGAAGUCACAAUGCAACAUUUUGAAAUAUAUCUGAAAAAAAUUACGAGGAGAUAUCGAAAACACUCGCGUAUGAAUUUGAAUGCCAACAGGCCAACCACUCCAAAUGAAUUGCUCCAAAAUUUUCCUAAUCUCAAGAAAGUGAAGUCAUUAGAUCGACUACAGUUUGAUUUAACUAAUAUUCCAAAGAUCUUCUUAGUUCCAAACUUAGACCUUUCGCAAAAAGAUAACUUUGAUGCUGUGUUCCCGUUUACGAAAGAUGGCCUCUUAAUUGAAGAAUGCAAUAUUGUUAUACAUGUGAAACAAAUGCAAGAGAAGCUCAGUCACUAUCUGGACGUUGUAGAAGUCCGAAUAGCGGAGCAGGUUGCGUCAAAAUCUCAAGCUUUUUUUCAUGCAAUGACAUCUCAUGAUGUGCUUAUGGAACAAUUAACUCAAACUAUUACAGUUCUAAAAGCACUUAGGAAAAAUAUUCAUCAAGUUGAUAAGCAUCUAGUCAAAGAUUCUUUAGAAAUUUUACGCUUGGAGCGUGCUAGAUCUAAUAGAUUAUUGGUUCAAGAAAAAUUAAAACUUAUGGCAACUGUGCAUCAAAGUCAACCGAUGAUACAAUUAUUGUUGUCUACACCAGAUUAUGUUGCAGCAUUAGACCUUAUUUCUACGACGCAAGAAAUUCUCUUACAGGAACUGAACGGAAUACAUAGCUUUAGACAUUUGAGUUCUCAACUAACCGAAAUGGAGAAGCUUGUGGACAAAAUGCUGUCGACCGAGUUUCAAAGAUAUGCAACAGCGGAUCUCAAUAGGCCAUUAGGUGGCGAGAAUACCGUUUUAGAUGGCGAUAAAUUAGUCUCCAUCAUUUCUGGUCUACUGCGUCAAAAACAUUUCCAAUUUGUGGAUACAUAUAAAGAGGAAGCUGUAACCACUGUGAGAGCUUUAACAAAGCAACGGGUGAUAGAAGCUUUGGCAGCAAGUGAUUGUUGCAGCGAUCAACAAGCAGCAGCUCUUGAAAUCGGAGGUCUCUCCUUGACGGAAAGAUUAACUUUGCUCCACAAUACUAUACAGUCUUUCACAUUUCUUCUAUUACGAGUUAAGGCAGUUCAUGAUGUAAUGAAAGAUACCGCAGACUUAUCAGCAGGACGUUUAUGUGACGGGUCGUUUGAUGAAUCAAUACUUGAUCGUCUACUGACUCGAGAAGAGCAUUCGCGAGUGAUUACAAAACUCUGUGACAUGAUUACCUCUGUGUGUGAUUACUGCCAUGAGCGAAUGGGAAAUCUACUUUCAGCUGGGACAAGUGAAAAGGAUAAAUUCCACAACGAUAAGGACAAGAUAAUUGCUGAUGUUUCACAGAAUAAGGUAGAGGAUAAAGAAUAUCAUACUUGGAAUGAUAAGAACUCUUGGUUGAGUGAGAGAGCAACAGCCGCUCAAGUUUGCCAAUUAGCCAAUAUGGUUGAAGAAUUCACAUACACUUGUGAGAAACUUUGCGGUAAACAGUGUACUGCAUUACGAUCGGCAUUUAAAGCGCAAGCAAGUAAAUUUGUACAUCGUUUUCAUAAUGAACGUAAAACUAAGCUGACGCUAUUAUUGGAAUCUGAAAGAUGGAAACAAGCUGAUGUACUAUUAGAAUUUCAGUCGUUAGUAACGUAUGUAUAUGAGAAAAAACAUUUUCCACUUAAAAUAUCCACGUGUGAGGAUAGCAUCAAGAAUGAAAGUGUGGGGAAUUUCAUCAUGGUUGGUGAUGAAAAAUUUGCUGUUGUCGGAACUGCUCUGAUGCUUAUACAGAUGAUACACGAAUAUUGCAGGACUGGUAGUGAAUUAGUUGCCUUGUCUGGAACUAUAGGAAGACAAUUAGCCGAAUUGUUAAGACAUUAUAAUUCAAGAUGUUGUCAAUUAGUUUUGGGUGCGGGUGCAAUGGAAGUUGCGGGUUUGAAAACCAUUACAAGCACGAUUCUCGUAUUGGCGGCGCGAAGUCUUAAACUUGUAUUGUGGUUUAUGUCUUUUGUGAAAGCACAUUUUCAAGCACUCAUAGAACAAAAUCCAAGUCGAGGACUGAUUGGCACGUCUGGUAUCAGUGGAGGAGUAGCUUUAUUAGAUAGUGUUGAAAGAGACAUUCGCGCACAUGUUCGUGAAAUUGAAGGGAAAAUCCUCAUUAUUGUAGAUAAUUUAUUAGGCGGACAAAUAUCUAAAUGGACAGCCAGACCUCCAGUGCCAUCUAAAUCUUUUAGAAAUAUUUCUAGUUAUCUAAUGAAACUUCAUGAAGCUGUUUCUGGUAUUUUGCCUACUGUCGAAGUACAAUCUCUUUACCGUACGGUAAAUUCAUUAUUCAAGGAGAAACUUAGAGAGCAACUAGUUAAAAUGAAUAUAGUGAACAAUGGUGGCCCACAACAUGGUGUGGUUACAUCAGAACUUACAUUUUAUCUUGAAGCCUUAAGAAAAUUAAAAGUUCUACCAAACGAGGAGUUAAAUGACAAUUGGAUGAGUGACAUAUGGACUAGAUAACAUGCAG